AUGUCUGAAGAUCCCGAGCUACCAGGCCAGACGCAACCUCGCCUUGCGGGAAGCAACGGCGAUACGAUGGACCAAUCCGAAUGCACGGCAUUCGACCGAGACGAACAAUUUUGGUACGAUGACGGAAGCAUCACACUCGUGGCGGAAAGAGUCGGCUUUCGUGUGUAUCGAGGUCUGCUCGCAGACCGAUCCGAGAUAUUUCGCGAUCUCUUCUUCGUCCCGCAGCCACCGGAUGCUCAGCUCUCCUUCGGCUGUCCAGUCAUCCACCUGUCCGAUACCGCUUACGCCUUGAGAGAGUUCCUGGAUGCGCUGCUUCGUGGCAAAAACGAGAUUGCAUUGUCAGAUAUGACCACGACUGCGACUAGAACUUAG